UUUGUGGUUUUCUUCGAGGACCCCCUGGCGGGCAUCAUCCCCAGAACGCUGCACCAGAUCUUCGAGAAGCUUUCGGAGAACGGCACCGAGUUCUCGGUGAAGGUCUCGCUGCUGGAGAUCUACAACGAGGAGCUGUUCGACCUCCUCAGCCCCUCGGACGACGUCAACGAGCGGCUGCAGCUCUUCGACGACCCGCGGAACAAGCGCGGCGUGGUGGUGAAGGGUCUGGAGGAGGUGACCGUGCACAACAAAGAUGAAGUCUACCAGAUCCUGGAGAGAGGAUCGGCCAAGAGGAGGACGGCCUCCACGCUGAUGAACGCCUACUCCAGUCGCUCCCACUCGGUGUUCUCCGUCACCAUCCACAUGAAGGAGAUCACUCUGGACGGAGAAGAACUGGUGAAGAUCGGGAAACUCAACCUGGUGGAUCUCGCAGGUAGUGAGAACAUCGGGCGUUCAGGUGCGGUGGACAAGCGAGCGCGCUCGCGAGGCGGGAAACCAAACCAAUCGCUGCUGACGCUGGGCCGCGUGAUCACCGCCCUGGUGGAGAAGAGGCCUCACAUCCCGUACAGGGAGUCUAAGUUGACCAGAAUCCUGCAGGACUCCCUCGGGGGUCGAACAAAAACCUCCAUCAUCGCCACGGUGUCGCCUUCCUCCAGCAACCUGGAAGAGACUCUUAGCACGCUGGAGUACGCCAGCAGAGCCAAGAACAUCAUGAACAAACCCGAGGUCAACCAGAAACUCACCAAGAGGACGCUCAUCAAGGAAUACACGGAGGAAAUCGAGCGUCUGAAGCGUGAUCUGGCCGCCACUCGGGACAAGAACGGAGUCUAUCUGUCUGCAGAGAACUACGAGAGUAUGAUGGGUCAGAUCACCUCCCACGAGGAGCACACGUCAGAGUACACCGACAAGAUCGCUGCCAUGGAGGAGGAGAUCAAGAAGGUGACGGAGCUCUUCAUGGACAGUAAAACCCGGCUGGAGCAGUGCACCGUAGACCUGGACGAGAAGCAGCAGAUGCUGGAGGAGACCAGCAAAGACCUGCAGCAGACCAAAGAGAAGCUGAGUCAGGAGGAGUUCGUCUGCUCGGAGCUCUCCGUCGUCCAGGAGUCUCUCUACAACACGGCAGGACAGCUGCUGAGCACCGUGGACGCCAGCACCAGUGACGUGAUGGGUCUGCACGACAAGCUGGACCGGAAGAAAAAGGUGGAGCAGCACAACAGUGAGAUGCAGCAGAGCUUCUCUCAGCGGAUGGAGGGAGCGCUGAGCAGCAUGCAGCGCUGCAUCCAGCAGCACGGAGACCAGCACCACCGCAUGCUGGGCAGCUACUCACAGGCCAUCGACGGCGUGCGCGUGAUGAACGAGGCGGCGCUGAAAGGCGCCCUGGUCACCGUGGCGUCCUUCGUCGGAGACGUGGGGACGCUGGUGUCCGACGGCGUGUCCCGCUGCCGGGACCGGGUGCAGCAGCAGGAGACGCUGUGUCUGCAGGACAGGGACAGCCUGCUGCAGCUGCUGGAAGAGCAUCGGCAGGACAUGGAGGAUGUGCUGGUGGCCCGGACCCUGAUGGGUCUGUCGGCCGUGAAGGAGCUCAACGACACUCUGAGAGCCACCGUGGAGACGCAGCGCGCUCUGGCCAACAAGGUGGAGGCGAUGAAGGAGGUGGGGUUGGUGUUCGGCGGCGUGGUGCGGGAGCUGGCCGGGCUGCGGGAGGAGGCGGUGCGGGGCCUCGGCUCGCUGCAGGCCCAACACGGCAAGCUGGAGGACGAGAUCCGACGGGCGCGGGACCGGCACCAGGCGGGCAUGAAGCAGACCAUGCAGUUCCUGCAGGACCAGCUCAACCUGCUCACCAUGGAGGCCCAGCAGGACUACACGGACCUGCACUCCUCCUCCAGAGCUCUGCAGAAACCUCUACAGACCCUCCAGGAGAACAUCAGCAGCGGGUGCAGCUCAGUGGAGCAUCAGGCCUCGGCCCAGGCGGACCUCCUCUCCUCCACCUCCUCCUCCCUCGCCUCCUCCCUCCGUCUGACCGCCGACGAGAGUAAGCAGGCUCUGGACGAGCUGACGGGGUGCUGCUCGCACCUCCACAGCUCCGUCUCCGGUCUGGUCCAGCGGGACCUCCAGUGGACCUCCAAAGCCCGGGACCAUGCAGAGACUCAAGCCCAGGAACACCUCUCGCUGUCGGGGAAGAUUUCCACUGAGGCUCAGGCCCUCUGUCAGAGCGUGGAGACGCGCUGCGCCGACCAGCUCCGCACAGCCGAGGAGGAUCUGACCAGUCGGGGGGCGGAGGCGACGCGGUCUCUGGUGGCCGUGCAGGACCAGACCUCCGCGGACCGGGCGGUCCUGGACCAGCAGCGGGCCGAGCUGCGGGACCACGUGGAGACGAGCCAGGAGCUGGUCCAGGGCUUCCUGCAGGAGGAGCUGCAGCAGGACCGGCCCACCGGCGCGACCCCUCAGCGUCGGGAGUUUGUGUAUCCCCGGCAGCUGGAGAAGUCUCUGAGCCGCAGCGAGCUGCUGGAGAGCCUGCGGAGGAGGCAGGAGGCGCUGCAGGCCGCCAUGGAGAAGGAGCAGCAGCAGCAGCAGGAGGAAGAGGAGGAAGAGGAGGAGGAGGAUCACGACUCUCUGGAGGACGAGCUGAGCGCCGGCAACGAGAGCUUGGCCACGGAGCCGUCCUUCAUCGACGAGAACCUCGUCUUCAACGAGAGCAACCGGGUUCCCUUCUUCAAGAAGAAGAAGAAGAAGAAGAGCGGUAAGAAGGAGGCGAAGACGCUCGCCAGGUUUAAAGCGUCCGACAACGACGCCGCGACGCCGCAGAGAUCCAAACUCCCGCUCCGCUGUCAGAACUAAGACGACUAACUUCCUUCUUUCUUUUUAAAUGUUAUUCCGUCGACAACGUCAUUACUCUACGACUAUCUCGUGUACUUUUUAUUAAUCUUUGUGUCUUCUACGUGUCGGGAUGUCUCGUGAAGUGUCUCUUGUCCUUUUAAUAUUUGUCUCAGCUGUUUUCAAGUUGCUUGUAAAAUUAAAGAGAUUUAUACUUGUUUUUAUA